AUGGAUAAUGAUUCAACCUUUCAGGAUAAAGCAAUGACUAUAGUAUAUAAACUUGAAAAUGUUCAAAAAGAUUUGAAAAAGCUUAAUGUAGAAUACAAACCACUAGAAAGUAAAGGAGCAGAAACUGUAGUACAGCAUAUGUGUGAGCUUCAAUUUAAACUACAACAGGAAUUCUUUGAAAAACAACAAAGAAGAAAUGAGGAGCAAAUGGAAAUACAACAAAGGUUCUUUGAAGAACAGCAUGCUUUUAAAGAUAAAGGUACAAAUACAGUGAAAUUACCCAAAUUGGACAUGAUCUCAUUCAGUGGAAAUCGCCUUAAAUGGACGGAAUUCUGGGAUUCUUUUCGCAGUGCGAUACAUGAAAAUGAUAAGCUUUCUCCUAUUGAUAAAUUUAAUUAUUUGAAAGGAAAAUUAGUAGGUGAAGCUAGAAGUGCCAUUGCUGGGCUAACAUUAUCAAAUGAGAAUUAUGAUAUAGCUAUUCAUAUUCUUCGUGAAAGAUUCGGUGACCUCCAGGAUAUAAUUGAUUCGGACAUUACAGUCAUUGGAAUAUACACGGCUGAGGAGUACUUGAUACGCUGUGGCGUGAAGGAGAACAGGGCUGGAGCUUAA